AAUCCAUAUAUAAAGCUGGAACUCGGCGGAGGCGGAGAAGUGUAGUUGCUUUUUCACCGCCAAAGGAAAAAUGCAGAUCUUCGUGAAAACCCUAACCGGGAAAACCAUAACGCUCGAGGUAGAGUCGAGCGACACCAUCGACAAUGUCAAGGCAAAGAUUCAGGACAAGGAAGGAAUCCCACCUGAUCAACAGCGUCUGAUUUUCGCCGGAAAACAGCUUGAAGAUGGCCGAACACUUGCUGAUUACAACAUUCAGAAAGAGUCUACUCUUCAUUUGGUUCUGAGGCUUAGGGGUGGAAUUAUCGAGCCAUCUCUCAUGGCAUUGGCCAGGAAAUACAACCAGGACAAGACAAUUUGCCGCAAAUGUUACGCUCGUCUGCACCCACGUGCUGUCAACUGCAGGAAAAAGAAGUGUGGACACAGCAAUCAGUUGAGGCCAAAGAAGAAGAUCAAGUAGAGUGCCAAAAUUGGUGGAGAAAUAUCACCGCUUGUUUUUUUGUUAGAUGUCUUUGAACUGCUUACUGUCGUUCAUUCCGAUAUUUGUCGUCUACUACUAUUAUUAUGUUGGAUUUCCUUUUAGUUUAUUUGAUGAGAGAUUUUCAAACAAAUAAUUUACAUGUUGGUUGCUUUUCUGUUACUGUUAUCUAGUUAUUUGAAAGAUUUGAGAUUGAAUUUG